AUGUCUCUUCGACCUCCAUUCACCUUGCAAACCGCUUUGAAAAAAGUCAAGGUCGCCCAGGACCUCUGGAAUACCAGAUCACCUGCCAAGGUUGCUCUCGCUUACACCCCCGAUACCAUUUGGAGAAACCGUGACAGCUUUCUCCAAGGCAGGCCCGCAGUAGAAACGUUUCUGCAGGCCAAGUGGGAAAAGGAGCACCAUUAUGUGCUAAGGAAAGAACUGUUCGCUUUCACGGACAACAAGAUUGCUGUCCAAUUUUUCUAUGAAUGGAACGAGAAACCGGAUGCGACGGGCCAGUGGUUCAGGACAUAUGGCCUUGAAGACUGGACAUUCGACGAGUCUGGCCUGAUGAGGAAACGUAUGAUGAGCAGCAACGACAUGCCCAUCACAGCUGAGGACCGCUGGUUCAAGGAAGGCGUCGAUAUCGAAUCCGUCGAGAUUGGAGAAGCACAUUUGUAA